AUGGAAUACGAUUACAUCGGUGCUAUCAAAAUAAAAGAUGGGUUAUUUUUAGGAGAUUAGUUUGCUUCUUAGGACUUAGAAUUUAUUGUAACUAAUAAGGUUUCCAGAAUAGUUAAUUGUGCUUGUAAGCAAAUUCCAAACCAUUGGGAAUCAAUAGGAAUUGUAUAUAUGUCCUUGCCAUGGAUUGAUAACGAUACUUAAGUAAAAUUGUAGGAUCUGAUAAAUUAAGUAAUUAAAUUUAUGGAUGAUGCAUUGAACAAUGGAGAAAGUGUUAUUGUACAUUCAAUAAGAGGACACAAUAGAUCAAUAGCUGUUCUUUGCGUUUAUUUUAUGAAAAAAUAUAGAUGGACACUAUACAAGACUUUAUAAUUUAUGCAUAGCAGAAGACCGGAUUUGGAAAUCAGAGCUAAUUUUUUUAAUUAGCUGUUGGCAAUCGAAACUAAAUUCUAAAAGAAUGGCUUUGGUGCAAAAACCUAUAAUUGGGAGGAAGUGUUUUCAUAAGGAGAUCCUGAAGAAAUGGUAUUGAGAAAUACAUAUUUGAAUGCUUAACCUCAAGGCGUAGCUGAGUUCAAAGAUCAUGAUUAAAAGCCUAAAACUUAAAAGUUACGUUUUGCUGAAAAAAUAACUAUGUACAUACCCCCCUACGAGAAAAUAGUAUUCAAUAAGAAGAAAUAAACUUAACCUAUCGAAACAAAGUCUUGUCUUACAGGAAAGACACUUUAAUAUGAGUAGUAAAUUUAAUAAUCUCCUCGUCCCUAAACUAAUGUAAUGUCUCAAACUUAACCUUUAUAACCCAUCCAACCUGUCCAUUAAAGGCCCUCCUCUUAAGACGUGAAAAGAGUUGUUGUAAAGAGCGACAGUUCAAAGUUACAAUAGCUACCUGAAGCCACUUAAUCAUUAAAGCCCAAGAAGCAAGCCAAUAAUUUUAUGGAUUCAGGCGAAUAGUUCUUUUUGAAAUCACAACAAAAAAUCAAUUAAGAUGCAAAUUAAGGAAAUCCCUAAAAUGAGAGAAGACCUCUAACAGCACCUAAUUAAUUGAGAGCACCUAGACUCUAAGUCACUCCCUAUAAAAAGAAUAGCACUGGAGGGUAGAGAUAAUAAGAAUUAAGCAUUUAAGCCAAUGCAUAAUUUAAACCCAUGGGUAAUAGACAAAGAGCUCAUUCACCAAAUGCAGUAUAUAAUGCAAAUCCUUAUGUUUAAAAAUAGUUUAAAACUAAGCCUUGGAAAAAAUGA